GGACUCCUGGUCCUGGUUCUGAUCUCGGUCCUGGAUCUGGUUCUGGUCCAUCUCCUCCAAACACGUGUCCACCACUCGAGUGUUUCCUGCUGGUAAAUGUAGGAUUAUCGUCCCGGAGACUAGAAUGUUGUAUUUAGAGGGAAAUGUUCUCCCCCGACAGCGCUGUAUUCACUCUAGUGUCUAAUAGAGUCCAACACAAACUCACCUCUUGGUAGCGACAUUCAUUUGUCAGAGAACCUCCCGAGUCCGACUGCCGCGGGGCUACUGCGCAUGCUCCUGACUACUGUGGCAUGCUGGGAAAUGUCGUUUUCAUGUCACCUUCGUCAUGAUAUUGCCGUUGUGUUUACUAGCAACUCGCAUCCUAUUGGAGCAGCGGGAUCACGUGACGACCGCGCCUCGACCCGCGGGCCAAAAUCUUCCUCCGCUCAGAAGAAACUAGUACCGUUUUGCGGCCCCGAUCUCGGGACUCUUGGGGGGUUUUGAGCUCUGGACUUUUACUGAUCAGGCAACACUCGUGUUUGGAGGAGAUGGAGCGGGACCAGAUCCAGGACCAGGAUCAGAUCCAGGACCAGAUCCAGGAUCAGAUCCAGGACCAGAUCCAGAUCCAGGACUGGGGUCAGAACCAGGACCAGGAGUCCAGCAGCAGGACCAAAGUGGACUCUUCCUCCGCUGGUCUGCAGAAACAUAAAGCCAAAGAGAGAACCACAAGUUACUGCUGUGAUAGGAGGGAUAAAGUCCUCACCCAUUCACCAGGUCUGAAGGUCCAAAAGAGGAUUCAUACUGAAGAGAAGCUGUACAGCUGUGAUCUGUGUGGGACAGCUUUUACCCGACAAGGUAGUCUAAGGAGUCAUCAGCGUAUUCACACUGGGGAUAAGCCUUACAGAUGUGAUCAGUGUGGGGCAGCUUUUACCGAACAAGGUAGUCUAAGGAGUCAUCAGCGUAUUCACACUGGGGAUAAGCCUUACGGAUGUGAUCAGUGUGGGGCAGCUUUUACCCGACAAGGUCAUCUAUUGAGUCAUCAGCGUAUUCACACUGGAGAGAAGCCUUACAGAUGUGAUCAGUGUGGAGCAGCUUUUACCGAACAAGGUACUCUAAGGAGUCAUCAGCGUAUCCACACUGGAGAGAAGCCUUACAGAUGUGAUCAGUGUGGGGCAGCUUUUACCCAACAAGGUCAUCUAAGGAAUCAUCAGCGUAUUCACACUGGAUUUAAGCCUUACAGAUGUGAUCAGUGUGAGGCGGCUUUUACCCAACAAGGUAGUCUAAGGCGUCAUCAGCGUAUUCACACUGGAUAAAAAAUUGUCUGUGAUCUGUGUUGGGCAGCUUUUACUCGGGAGAGCUCAGUUAAAGUAACCAAUUUACACAUGUUACAUUGUUCUGAAAAAAGAAAAACUGGAGUUUUGUUUUCAGUUUCAACUAAAAAAUGUGUUUAAAUUAGAUUUUUCACCAGUUUAUGUUCCAUUG